AUGCGCUUAUCUGGCUUGUUAAAACUGUCUGCACUUGUUGCAGGUAUUGCCCAGGCUGCCAUCAACCCUGUUGAGGUUCGUGGUCGCCACUUUUUCGACUCUGUCACUAAAGAACCUUUUUUCAUUAAAGGUGUGGACUACCAACCCGGUGGUUCUUCUGGGUUUGUUGGCCAUUCGGACCCUUUGUCUGAUACCAAUACAUGUGCUCGAGAUAUUUUUUUAUUUCAACAACUUGGUGUUAACGCCGUCCGAGUUUACUCUGUCAACCCUGACUUGAAUCAUGAUGACUGUAUGACGCUUCUUGCUAAUGCAGGUAUUUAUCUGAUUUUGGAUGUCAAUUCUCCUAAGCCUGGGCAAUCGCUUAACCGUUAUGAACCAUGGACAUCUUACAAUCCCAAUUAUGUCAAUCACAUUUUAAAGGUUGUUCACCAGUUUGCUGGUUACAAUAACACGCUAGGCUUUUUUGCCGGUAAUGAAGUAAUUAAUGAUGACAUUUCGGCCAAGGAGUCACCGCACUACCUCAAGGCGGUGAUUCGCGAUAUGCACCAGUACAUGAAGAAUAACUCGCCUAGAGUUGUUCCCGUGGGAUACUCUGCUGCCGAUGACUUGCGAUUCCGCACAAGUUUGGCCAAGUACUUUGAGUGCGGUGACGCCGAUGUUGCGGUUGACUUUUAUGGUGUAAACUCAUAUCAGUGGUGUGGAUACCAAACAUUUGAAACUUCUGGGUUUGACAUUUUGGUCCGCGACUAUGAAGACUAUACGUUGCCAUUGUUUUUGUCUGAGUAUGGUUGCAAUGCUUUGAUGCCACGAUUAUUUCAAGAAGUGGAGGCUCUGUACUCUAACCGCAUGACUAAUGUUUUUUCGGGGGGAUUAAUUUAUGAGUUUGCUCAGGAGCCCAAUAACUAUGGUUUGGUUGAGAUUAACGAACAGGGCAGUGCUCAAUUGCUUCCUGACUAUAACACUCUUAAGGUCCAGUAUAAUAUUACCCAGAUUCACUAUGACUUUUCCAAGGACCGUCAGGGAGUUCGCCCCGAAAAGUGCAAAAAGGCUUAUCCUAAUUUAAUGAAUGCCAAUGCUGUUAUUCCAGAUUGUCCAGUUCCCGAGUUGAUUAAGAAUGGUGUGAAGGAUGUUACACUUGGUAGUUUUGUGCAAGUGAGAUUGAAUACUACCAUGUAUUCGAUUGUCAAUGUGGACAAGACUGAGAUUUUGGAGAAGAGAAUUUUGACAACUGUUGACUGGAAAAAACCAAUGGAGCAGCCGUCUCCUUGGAAGGAGCUUCGAUUGUACAAUAGCAAUCCUGUGGUUAAUGAGAAGCCUGUUAAGCAGGCACCUCCCACAGUAGACAAUGGAGUUUCUGAGGCUAAGCCCUUGGAGGGCGUCAACAAUAAGCUUGCAAUUCCAUCUGCAAAUGAAAAGACGGUUACAAGCGGCGGGUUUAUUCUUGACGUUACUCAGGGCCAGUCUUUCCGCAAUGUUGCAAUUGCUGGACUUGUUGUUGCACCCAUUGUCAUGGGUCUUGUUUUGCUGAUUACUCAGUAA